UCUAUUUAUUUCAAGAUGGCGGCUCGUCUGGGUGAAAGAUCUGCAAGAUGUAUUUUUUGCGUUUGUUCUUCAUUUAUUCAGCCUGUUGUUCACAGAUCUAAAUACCACACAUUACUUAAUAGCUCAUUACAUUUAGGGAAGAGUAAUGUUUGCAGGAAUAUUAAGAAAGGAAACUUUCAGUUAAUUAAACCUUUAGCAGCUGGCACUAUUAGAGGUUGUGAUUUCCAUACAUCAGAUAAUUUAAAGAGAAAAGAUUUUUAUAAGUUAUUAGGAGUAUCGCCAAAUGCAAAUGCCAAGGAGAUCAAAAAGGCAUAUUUUGAGCUUGCAAAGAAAUAUCAUCCAGAUACUAAUUCUAAAGACAAAAAGGCAGCAGAAAAGUUCCAGGAAAUAAAUGAAGCAUAUGAGAUUCUUAGUGACGAUAAUAAGAGAAGAGCAUAUGACAGUUAUGGUCAGACAGAAUUUUCUUCGGCAGGUGCAGGCAAUCCCUUUGGAGGGGCGGCAGGCUUUGAUGCUGAGGACAUUUUUAGAACAUUUUUUGGGGGACAGAAUGGACCAUUCAGCGGCUUUAGAACAGCAGGGAUGGACUUUGAAGAUCUACAACAAGCACAACAGUAUGCAAUGAACCUAUCUUUCAUGGAAGCAGCCAAGGGCUGUAAUAAAGACAUGACAAUAAGAACUAGAGUUAUCUGUGACAGAUGUAAUGGGAAAAAAGCAGAACCUGGAACAACUCAUUCCAAGUGCUCUCAAUGUAAUGGCACAGGACAGGAAAGUGUAAACACUGGGUUUUUCUUUAUGAAAUCAACAUGCCGCAAAUGUGGAGGACAAGGGUACACCAUAACUACACCUUGUAAGAAGUGCCGAGGAAAGGGGCGAGUGAUGGAGACUAUGAACAUCACAGUCCCAGUGCCCGCAGGUAUUGAGGAUGGUCAAACAAUCCGCCUUCCAGUGGGGACUGGUGAGGUAUACAUCACACUAAAGGUUGCUGAAAGCAAGAUCUUUGAGCGUCAAGGAGCAAAUGUAUAUUCCACAGCCAAUAUUAGUUUUACCCAGGCACUCCUUGGUGGUACCAUCAAAAUACCUGGAAUACAGGGGGAUAUUGAAUUGAAGGUUCCCCCAGGUACUCAGUCACAUCAGCAAAUGAGAUUAAGCAACCGUGGUAUACCCAGGAUCGAUGGUCAUGGACGAGGGGACCACUAUGUCAGCUUCAAAAUCCAUAUCCCUAAAUAUUUGAAUAGCAAGCAAAAAGCCCUCAUUUUAGCCUAUGCAGAACUAGAAACUGACGUUAGUGGUACUGUUAAUGGAGUAGAUAAAACCAAAGCAGGUACAGUGGAACCCAAAGACGACGACCAAGAAGCUUUGGGACAACAGAAAAGUAACUAAACAAUGAAUGAAUCGAAAAUUGACAAGGAACAGAUGUAACUAGAAACAAUCACCCCUCCUUCCCUAGUCCACUCCCUUAGGUCAGCCUUACUACRGAACUAAAUUUUUGGCUGCAAGACUUCAAUUAUGAAUUUUCACUUUAUUUCUGAAUAAUCCAUCUUACUAUUCCAAUUUAAGUUUUGUACAUUAGUUUUGUACAAUGCACUUUCGGUUGCGUAGCUUACUUCCGGCACGGAUCAAAUUACUUCCCUUGAUCGACGAUCACACUUUUUGCGACAUGAGGAAUACCAGUCAGCGCAGUAUCGACAGUUGGAGCCAUGGCAAAAGCGUAGACACCAGCCAAGAUUUUCGUAGCAGUCGUAGUGACAGUGUUCUAGGGCCGUCAGCGCAUGCGUGGUGGAAGACAAGAUGGUAGUCAUAGCAACCAGGAACAGCACAAAAGCAAACGUCGUUUUCAUCUGUAUAUUGAAGGAGGAAUGUCAGCCUCGUAUUAUAUUUUACUAUUUGAAAUGAAUCGUGGAAAAACUUAACACUAGCAAAAAGACUGAAAAGAAAUCAACGAUCAAUUUAAACAAGGUUUCAAAAAGUAAGCAAAAGAAACCAAUGAUCAGGUUUCUUCGAAAUACACAGAAUUAGAAAAUUCAUCGGGUAUCAAGUAUUCAAGUAUCCUUGAAUUUUCUAAUGAUAAACUUGAAAUUAUUUCGAGCAGUUACUGAAACAUUUUUAAUCAGAAAAUCUUUAAAAGGAAAUAAAACUAAAUAUGUUAUAGCGAGUCUUGUAUGUAUGCAGAUGGUGAACAUUAUUUCAACUCAAAAUCCUCACUUUUCGAUUAUCCUGUAGGGCUUACGCGGUAAUCGGUUACAAAAUUGACACCUGCAUUUGUGUAAUAUUUUCGAAACGAUAUUGGCUUUAAAAUAUUAAAGAUAUAAAAAAAC